AUGGAAGUAUCCGAGGAUACCGUCCAGAGGAUUCAAAAAUUUGUUCAGAACCGCCAAGCAGCGGAGACGGAGGCCGCCGGAGAGCCGCUAAGAGCAACCAACUUACAAGCUUAUACACAUCGGCUGGAUGAAACUCUGCGUGAGCUUCAGGAGCAGGUUCGGCGCCAAGAAGAUGAAUUGAAGAAGCUUCGGGAAAUUCGCUCCCAUGGUCUGUUGGACAACUUAAACGAUCCUUGGGUCCGAGUGGCGCAAGCGCGACGCGCCAAAAAAGCAUACGAUUCAUUGCUCAAAGCAGAAGAUGAUCUUCCGCCUAGAGGUUCAAUCCUGCCUUCGCUCGUAGCAGUCGCGGAUACCUCUCAGCUCAUUAAAGAGAGCAAGGUAUCCGUGACAGUCACCGCAGAAAAAAUAUCAACAGAUCGGGAGCGCCUCCGAGUUGAAGAGGCAAAUCUGCGAGACUCACGCGCAAUCGCACACGGACUCCGGGAACGCAUACAGCAUAUCCGCAGCACUAAUGGGCGCAAGCAAAAGCAAACGCCGACCCAGCUAGCCCAAGACCUGGUCAAGGAGCAGAAAAGGAAGAACAAGGAACUGGAUCGUGCCUCUGCAGCUCUGAAGGUUUCACUUGACAGUUUCAUCGAUGAGAGGCUGGCUCCGAUGCUUGCUGCCGAGGACCUAGGUGGUCCAACUGUUGGUGAUGCCCUCGAGGUAUCUGACGCUACGUUGAAGGCGGGCUACACAGCUCAUGGAAAGCCGAAAAAGCCAAAGCAACCAGCCGGGCCCGAGAGUAGCUCGCAGCAACGGAUUGAUCGGUUUUUGCAGCGCAAUGAUGAUAGCUUGAAUCAAAUGACUCAGCGAGAAGCUGCUGCCACCGAGGUGCACGAGCUAUUGGAUGCACUGCUGGAGGCCGGAAACUCCUAUGUGGAUCUGAAACGCGACUCGGCUGCUUCAAGAUUCCUUGUCAGGUCCAAGGUCGCCCAGUUCCACCCGCGAGAUGCACGACGAUUACGGCUGAUUGACUUUGGUCGAUCGUUGGGUAACUAG